AUGUUCAGCACCCCUGCUGGAGGAAUGGCGGCAGGAAAUGUGCCGCGGAGGAGAAAGGGGGCAACUGAAGAAGAGGAGGAGCGAAGGGGAGACUGGCUGCUAAGAGAACCCAAGAACACUGAGUGGGUCCUCCGCUCUUUCAACAGGAGCAAGCCCUUCCAGUUCCAAGUGGCGAGCAGCCAUAGAGCGCUGGGUUCAUCGAGACUGUCACAGCCCGAUAGCAAGUCAAACUUGACACAGUUCAGCGUAAUGCCUGAUACAGGCCUUCUAUUCAGCAGGGAAGAAAAGUUGAAGUUUGCUAGUAGAAUGUUGAACAGGCUGUUGAGCAACAACAAGAAAGUCUACUCGCCGUCAUCGAGUGAUCGGGGGAACGAGCCACGGCUCUCGACCGAGCCGAUGAGGAGGUCAAGCCUUGUGGAGAGCAUCCAAAACAACAUCGUUAUCCAAGACUCUCUCUGCACUGCACGCGCAGCAUUGACAAGUAGCAAGAUAAGGUCCAGAGCCGACGUCAAGAGAUACGAAUCGCCUCAGCCGUCUCCCACACAAGACUUGUCUCAGAUCGACGAACUACAGCCGAGCAUCGCAAAAAUGCGAACGGAGAACCAUGAGCAGUCCGCUCAGUCACCCGGAAUGUUCGAAGCUUCGCACCAUGAAACUGACACCACAGAACAGAAGAAAGAAUCUUACAUGGACAAACAUUACCAAGAUCGAAGGAUGUAUCAGAACAAAAUGUAUACAGUCCUUGUCCAAGGAUCAGAACAAGAAAACGAGAUCAUAGACGAUGAUGAAGAAGCUCAUGACAUCAACAAUACAACGAACAAGUUGGUCAACGAUCGAUGGUGGGUUAGAAGCCGAAACGAGUCAAGAAACCAUGAUUUCUUGGCUCCCAGGUCCAAUCAGCAGAAACCAAGAUCUAACAGCGUUACAGUACUUCCAUCAAAGGAAUCCGAUCAGCAGAGUUAUCUUUGCAAUCCUUCACCGAUUGUUCCUUUCACGGGCGGGAGCGAUCGUCAGGCAAUGGCUCUGUCGAACAUCCACUGGUUGUCAGACAACGAGUUGUCUAUAGACGACACGAUGAAAACUCUGGAAGCCUCCCCCAUCCAGACCAUCCUGCGCCAUGAGGAUUCUUUGAGCCCCUGGGGCUUGUCGAGGGGAACAGGCACUUCCUUUCAGUCUCUUCCAGUCUCGCUGAUCGGUCACUACAGGGAGGUCACCGGCGGGUUCAAGUCUCAGCCGGACCCAUCCAAGGAACAAACGCUGAGGUGA